CACUAGAUGGCUCUGCCUCACCUGAUUUGACCUUUACUUGAAUUGGUGAGAGAAUGUAUUUUUACUAGUGCUAUAAAUAUCGAUGAUUAUUUUUAUUAUAAACAUCAUAAUUACUCUAAUGUUAUAAACAUUAGUAACAGCAAAAUAAGAUAAUGUAAAAUAUUUUCAUGAAUUAAAGAAAAGGGUAAACAGGCAGUACAGGUACAAGUGUAGCCAUCUAUGUGUGAAAACAACUAAACAAGUAAACUCACAGUGGGCUCGUCACGUAUACGUGACACCCUGUGCGAAUGGGUGAAAAAAAAUAAAAAGAGGAGAGAGAGAGAGGAAGGAGAGAGUGAGUGAGGAGAGAUAGAGAGAGAGAGAGAGAGGAAAGAGAGAGAAGGAUAUCAUCAAUAAACUAUAAAUUCAAGUACAGUUGAUAAAUACUAAAGUAAAAUAUCUUUUUUAUACAAUUGGCAGAAAGAAUAAAUUUUUAAAAAUGUUCUUGCCAUUCUUCAUACCAAUUCCAAUACCUCUUAGUAUGUGUAGUCAGAGAAGAUCAUGUGGAUACCAAGUUCAACCAGUGGUGAUGCUGGGAAGUCUCCCAAAUGACUUCCUUCGUGUGGCCCCAACUCAAGCUCAGUCACAGGAAGAGGCAGAUCGUGCAGCUGCUAUGCAUCUUCAGCAACAGAUGAUAGCUCAGUCACGGCAUUCUGCUGUAGGCCGUCUGCAGGUGUCAAUUGUGUCUGCAGUACUAAACAAGAACUACGGUAUGACACGCAUGGAUCCCUAUGUUAGAAUGAGAAUAGGUCACCAAGUAUUGGAGACACAGACAGAUGUCAAUGGUGCAAAAAAUCCACGCUGGAAUAAAACCUUUCAAGUGUACCAAUUGCCUAAAGGUGUGAACACAAUCCAUAUAGAAAUAUUUGAUGAGAGAACCUUAACAGAUGAUGAGCUUAUUGCUUGGGUCCACCUACAAAUCCCAGAAGUUGUUUUCCAGGGUGAAACUGUUGAUGAAUGGUACAGUCUAAGUGGAAAACUAGGCGAGAGACAGGAGGGUAUGAUCAAUGUCGUGAUAUCUUAUACGACUGCACCUGCUACUGUAACACCAGUAAUGAUGAUGCCAGGGAUGUACCAAUACCCUGGUUAUACUUCAGUGCCUGUAUAUACCCUACCACCUGCUCAGCAACCAGCUUCAGCAGUACCACCAAGACAAAUUUCAGAGGAAGAACGGAAGCAGCUUGAAGAGAUGUUCCCAUCUGUUGAUGCAGAGGUAGUGAAGUCUGUCCUAGAGGCUUCUCAAGGGAACAAAGAAGUUGCAAUCAAUUCUCUCCUUCAGAUGCAGGAAUCCUAAACCUACCUAUUCUAUAGUCAUGAUGUUAAGUACAGUAAGUCCAUAAAUGAAAAAGUGGGAAUAUGAGAAGUCGCAUGUCUCUGUGAAAUCACAUUUAUCUCCAGGACAUUCUUGUUUUAUUUCAAGAAAAUAUCACAUAAUAUUGAUGUUUAAUUGCUAGAACUGUAUGGUACUUGAAUCAUAUUGUCUUCAAACAAGGGUGUCGGAUCAUUAAUUUUAUGUUUGUUCUUAAAAUCUGAAUAUUGUAAGAGAUAAUUAUCCAUUGGUUUUACAAUCCCAUCUCAUAUAUAGGAAUUUGAUAAAUCUUUGGAUAUCAUUGGUUUAAAUGUUGUUAAUUCUACAUAUAGUAAGUAUAUAAAUCCUGUUGAAAUAUGUUCAUUAUGGGAAUGUGUAUAUUGGAACUGUAUGAACUUGAUGCAACCAGGAUAGCAUGUACUUUUGUGACAAGCUCACAGUGAGUUUAUUGUAUUAAAUGUAUAUAUGCAUAGAAAGCU